AAUUAGAGCAACAGAAUGAAGCCCUUAGCCCUGUUAAUAUCGGCACUUGUCGUGGUGGGCGUGGUGGGCAUGGCCCUAGGCCAGAACUCGACUAGAGGUGGGAGGAGGAAUACGGCUUUGCUGCGCCUCCAGCGCGACCGGCUGCAGGAUCAAUUGCGUGGCAUCAUUUUUGGACUGCCGAUCGACAUCAGCCUCUCGGCGCUCACGUACAUCUGCAGCACCAUCAUGGACCUGGGUCUGGUGCAGUCCAAGAUCGUGCCAGACAUGUCGCUCAUGAGCUUCCAGCUGCGGCCCGAUGCCUGCAACAAUGUCAGCAUUCCGCUGACCCGGGCCAGCGAGCUGUGGGACACGCCGGGCUUCUAUCAGGACAGGCCGACGGUCAUCUUCGUCACCGGCUGGGGCUCCACCAUCGAUAGCUCCAACAGCGGCCCAGUGGCCAAGGCAUUCGCCUGUCGCAAUGACACCAACUUUGUGGUGCUGGAUGCAGCCAACUAUAUCAAGACCCUCUACAGCUGGUCGGCCCUGAACACGGAGGCCAUCGGGCUCUAUGUGGCCCAGGCGCUGCUGCAGCUGGACCGCGACUAUGUGACCAAGCACGUGCACAUCGUGGGCCACAGCCUGGGCGCCCAGAUCGCGGGCUCAACGGGUCGCAACUAUAAGCUGCUGACGGGCGGCGCAAUAUUGUCGCGCGUCACCGGCUUGGAUCCGGCCAAUCCGUGCUUCUACGAUGGCAACGAGCUGCCGGGCGUGCGCAGGGGCGAUGCUGUUUAUGUGGACACGGUAACCUCCAAUCCGGGCGUAGCAGGCACACCCGAUUCAGCAGCCGAUGGCAACUUCUUUGUCCAGGGCCUGGCUCCCAUCAAGUCCGGCUGCAGUGGCCUCGAUUCCCUCUCCUGCUCGCAUCAGCGCGCCGUCGACUACUACGUGGAGUCCGUGUAUCCCACGAACACGGAGAACUUUGUGGGCAGACGCUGCGACAACUAUGUCGAUCUCUGGACUGGCGACAAUUGCAAAAGCGACGACACCGCCUACAUGGGCUACGCUGCCUCCAAACUGGGCACAUUCUACGUGGAUGCCAAUGCAGCCGAGCCCUAUGGCACCAAUGCCAAUCCGGACAGCUUCACAUCGACCAACAGCGCGUGCGGCCUGUGCAGCGAAGAGAACUGAGUGUCUCAGCGUGGUGCUCGUAUGACAAUAUAUAAUAUCUAUGUAUGUUACUUCUCAAAAUCUUUAU